AUGGCGGGAGGCAGGGUCACCGGGGGAGGUACUCUUCCAGAGGUUUGCGGCCCCCUUCAGGGAGGUCGAGGCUGGUCAGCGACUAGGCUCCAGGUGCCCUGGGUAGCCGAGGAGAGUCCCCAGCUGGGGCGGGCGAGGGCGGGGGCGCGGGCUGCAGGAGGGCCUACGCGGGGGGAGGAGGCGCCGGGGCGCAGGGCGGCGGCGAGGCGGGUGGGCGCCGCGGGGCCCAGAGCCCCAGAGGCGGCCAGCAGGGCCGCGGCCAGAACCGCCCGCAGGGCACACGGGCCAGGCGCAGCCAGCGCCAGCGGGGCCCUGCCCCCACCGCCCGAACCCCGGCUCGGGCCUGAGGCCCCGCCGCCGCAGGCCGCCGCCGCCGCCGCUCGGGCCGCCGCCGCAUCCCUGCGGGGAGCCGAACGUGCCCCACGCCCCGGCCCGAUCCGGAUCCCGAUCCCGCGGCCCCGCGCCCGCAGCCCUCCCCGAGCCCCCGCCCCCGCCCGAGCCCAACGCCUGACCCCGCCCCCCGCCGAAACCGCCUCCAGCCCCGCCCCUCCCCGCCCCUCCGCCGGCCUUCACCCGAGCCCAGGUCCAACCCCUGCCCCACGAAGCGGGCGCCAGCCCCCCCGCCCCCCCAAACCCGGCCUUCACCCCGAGCCCGACCGCCCUCCCUCCCUCCUACUGGAGCCCCGCCCCCUCGGUUCCAGGCCCCUCGGUCCCCAGUCCAGCCCCGGGGCCCCGAAACCGAGCCCCCCAACCUUUCCCCCGGCCUCCAACCUCGGGCUCCAUCCCUCAGUCUGA